AGUCAGUCGCCUCCGACGCCCAGAGGACUACACGAGCCGCCGGAUUAUGUCGGUUGACCUCUGAUGCGCCUGCCGCUCUGGGGAUUUAUGAUAUUGACUGGGAUAAAGUGUGAGUCAGCACGCACGUGUCCCCUCGACCACGUGACUGAGCAGCGGGAGGCGGGGCUAUUUGGUGGCAGACCUCGGUGUCGCACGCUGAUGAUGGAAAGGAGGAUGGGCGAGCCACACUCUCUGCCGCUGCUGCUGCUGGUGGUAGGGGCGGUGUUACUGGGACCCCUCGUCAGCACACUGGACGUCCCGCUAGACCUGCCACAGCCCCCCACCAUUACUCACCAAUCCCCCAAGGAUUACAUCAUCGACCCCCGGGAGAACAUUGUCAUCCAUUGUGAGGCCAAAGGGAAGCCUCAUCCAAGUUUUUCCUGGACAAGAAACGGAACCCACUUUGACCUGGAGCAGCACCCCAACGUGCACAUGCGGGCCCACUCGGGGACGCUGGUGGUGGACAUCAGCCGGGAGCGGGCGGAGCACUAUGAGGGCGCGUACCAGUGCACGGCAAGGAACAAACAUGGGACCGCCGUCUCCAAUGACAUCGUGGUGCGGCAGCCCAGGUCACCUUUGUGGUCCAAAGAGAAGAUCAAGCCAAUCGUCAUUCAGGAGGGCGUGUCCUUGGUGUUGCCAUGUCGACCCCCCGCUGGCUUUCCUCCGCCCAUUGUCUUCUGGAUGGACAACAGUUUCCAGAGGUUGCCCCAGAGCAAUAGGGUGUCCCAGUCGUUGAACGGAGACCUUUACUUCUCCAACGUGCUACACGAGGACUCCAGGAGCGACUACAUCUGCUACGCCCGCUUCCCACACACGCAGACCAUCCAGCAGAAGCAGCCCAUCGCCGUCAAAGUCCUCAACCUGGACGCGAUCAAUGAAACAAUGGAAGCUUUUUACAAUGACACUGAUUUAUUUAGUGAAGAGCCGGUGGAUGAGAGGAAGCCCACGUUCCUUAUCCCGUCUGGACCUUCCAGGUCCAAAAUGGUGCUACGUGGUCAGGUGCUGGAGAUGGAGUGCAUUGCAGAAGGACUGCCCACUCCUGACAUAUCCUGGGCCAAAGUGAGUGGCGAGCUCCCGACCAUGCGCGCCUCUUUCCUGCAUCACCAGAAAAUACUGCGCAUCGUCAACGUGUCGGAAGCGGACGCUGGCAACUACCGCUGCACUGCCAGGAACAGGCUGGGCUCAGUCCACCACACCAUCCAGGUCACGGUCAAAGCUGCUCCAUACUGGAUCAGCGGUGCUCCCCGGAACCUCGUCCUCGCCCCGGGAGAGAACGGGGUGCUAAUGUGCAGGGCCAGUGGCACGCCCAAGCCCAGCAUCCAGUGGGCCAUGAAUGGUGUUCCCAUAGAGUAUAUCCCAAAGGACCCCAGCCGGAAAGUGGAGGACGACACUAUCAUAUUAACCGACGUGCAGACAGGAUCCAGCGCUGUGUACCAGUGUAACGUCUCCAACCAACACGGCUACCUCCUGGCCAACGCCUUCGUUAAUGUCCUGUCCGAGCCGCCCAGAGUGCUGACGCCGGCCAACAAAGUCUACCAGGUCAUCAAGAAUCACAGAGCCCUGCUCGAGUGUACUUACUUCGGCUCACCCAUCCCCAAAAUUACCUGGUUCAAGGAGAGUCGUUCUGGUACGCUAGACGCCGAGACGCACAAGGAGCACGACAACGGCACUUUAGAGAUUCGUGUGGCUCAGCCUAGGAAUAGCGGAAAGUACACUUGUGUGGCCCGGAAUUCUCUCGGUAUCUAUGAGAAUCAUGUGCACCUGGAAGUCAAAGAACCGACCCGCAUCCUGAGGCAGCCCGAGUACCGAGUGGUGCAGCGUGGCAGGUCCGUGGUGUUUGAGUGCAAAGUCAAGCACGACCCCUCGCUCACACCAACCAUGACGUGGCUCAAAGACAACGGGGAGCUGCCCGACGACGAGAGAUUCGUAGUGGACGCCGACAGCCUCACCAUUGGCGACGUGACCGAGAGCGACGCCGGCGUGUACACGUGCAUCAUGAACACAACGCUGGACCACGACUCGGCCAGCGCCGAGCUCACCGUUGUCGAGGCCACGCCGGCGCCGGCUGUUGUCAACGAGCGACCCGAACCCCCGACCGACUUGGAACUGACGGACCACAAAAAGAGGAGUGUUCAACUCACCUGGAUUCCCGGCGACGAGCACAACAGUCCUAUUCAGAAAUUUGUGAUCCAGUAUGAAGACUCUCUCCACCACCACAGAGGUCACUGGCACAACCUUACCGAAGUCCCCGGAACUAAGACCACAGCCCACCUGAAGCUGUCGCCCUACGUUCACUACACCUUUCGAGUCCUCGCCAUCAAUUCCAUGGGUGUCAGCCGACCCAGUUUCCCCUCCAAGAUGUAUAAGACUGAACCUUCAGCUCCAGAUGAGAAUCCAACAGAUGUACAUGGAUUUGGAACAGCACAUGACAAUCUUGUCAUCUCAUGGAAGCCGCUGUCAGGCCUCCAGGCCAACGGGCCAGGACUCCAUUACAGAGUAAUGUGGAGGCAGAAGAUGAUGGACAGCGAGUGGAUCGUGGCGACCGUCGCCAACAACUCCAAGUUUGUUGUGUCCAGAACGCCCACGUUUGUUCCGUACGAGCUCAAAGUUCAGGCUGUGAAUGACUACGGAGCAGCACCCGAGCCUGCCGUUGCUUACGGCCACUCUGGAGAGGAUUUGCCAGUCGCCGCUCCAGAGUCUGUGCAGGCAUACGUGUUGAACAGCACCCUGGCGGAGAUCCACUGGGAGCCCGUGCCUCAAAAACUAAUACGUGGAUACCUCAAAGGCUACAAGGUGUAUUACUGGAGAGAGCGCAGCCUGCACAAACAUAACCCCCAUCACACAGAGAAGCAGAUCCUGACAUUCAGCGGCAACCACAGCAAGGGAAAGCUUCCUGGCCUGCAUCCCUUCAGCCUCUACUCAUUUAACGUCAGAGUGUUUAACGGCAAAGGAGAGGGCCCCCCGAGUCGCAACCAGCAGUUUGAGACCCCCGAAGGAGUUCCUGGAGCUCCUUCCUCCCUGACAGUCACCAACCCCAAUUUGGACUCUUUAAGCCUUGAGUGGAACCCUCCUCGUGACCAGAACGGACUCCUGACAGGAUACACCCUCAAAUACCACCCAGUCAAUAACUCCAAUGAGCUGGGCCCAGAGGAGGAGCUGGCCCUGGCUGCCAAUGAGACCUCGGUCACUUUGCUCAACCUCAAGUACAGCACGCGCUACAAGUUUUAUUUGAAUGCCAAAACGCGUAAGGGGCCCGGCCCGGCCGUUACGCAGGAAGCGGUCACCAUCGUGGACGAAGCGUCGGCGGCCAGUCCUUUCGGGAGCGUUAACUCAUCCAGGGGAGAGGACGGCACACUGAUCAGUUGGGAGUACUGGGGCCCGGAGAGAAACAUUUAUUUAGAAUACAUAGUGGAAAACAGUGAAGGCGAAGACGAAUGGCGCAAAGAGCUGGUGAACGGCUCUCAGAACUUUAUGCUGAGGGGCUUGAAGGAGGGCCUCUCCUAUAGGGUGCGCUUGGUGGCCCAAGGUCACGGCGACCAAGAGCCCCACCGCUCCAAGGAGCUCACGGUGACGGUGCCAGCUGUGGCGAGCCGACAGGUGGAUAUCGCGACGCAGGGUUGGUUCAUCGGCCUCAUGUGUGCCAUCGCCCUCCUCAUCCUCAUCCUUCUCAUCAUCUGUUUCAUCCAGAGGAACAAGGGAGGCAAAUAUCCAGUCAAAGAAAAGGAGGACGCUCACACGGACCCGGAGUUCCAGCCCAUGAAAGAUGAAGACUGCACUUUUGGGGAAUACAGCGACAAUGAGGACCAUAAACCGUUAAAAGGGAGCCGCACACCAUCGAGCGCUACGGUUAAGCGGGACGACAGUGACGACAGUUUAGUAGACUACGGGGAAGGAGGAGACGGCCAGUUCAACGAGGACGGCUCGUUUAUCGGCCAGUAUAGCGGAAAGAGCGUCAGCCGGGACACCGCCGCCGCCGAGGGCCACGAGAGCUCCGAGGCGCCCUCCCCGAUUAACGCCAUGAACUCCUUGAACUCCUUCGUGUAGUCUCGACAUCCAUGGGGGGGGAAAGGACAGGCAUGUUGUCAAUGGGAAACCUUCACGGAGACACUUUUAGGAAGACAAUAACCGAAUGCCUUUACUAUUAAUUAUCCGCUCUAGACAUUUUCACCAAGACUUUUCACUGGUACGGUUUGGUUCCCAGUCCCUUUAAAAGUGGCCACUACGUUUUGCGAUCAUUUCUGCACUCGAUUUAUCCUCCUCGCCCGCAGGUUCCGCUGCAUUAAUUUAAAUUUUUAUUUUUUAUUAAGGAAACUGACAUCGUCAAAGGUCUAUUUGCUUGUUUGUUCAUACUAUGACUGCCAUGUUUUAUUCUUCCCACGAAGUAGCUUGUACACAAAUUUAAUCGCCAUCAAAUAAGGCCCACCAUUCAUAAUAUCUUCAUAUUAACAGUCCUGUGCAUUCGUCAUGGCCCACUCUUAGAUUUGUGGUUUUAUCCAGCUUCUUUUGGCUAAAUUAGCCUGAUACAUUCGUAAAUGCUCUCUUAAAUUGAAUGCUACAAUAAUUGUUGCUCAUAAUCCCAUUCCUGUUCAGUAUCUCCACUGAAAAAGCGUGAGAGGAAGGGUAUUUGAGUUCUUUUUUAGUUGGUUGGUUGGUUGCAGGUGAGUUCACAAACAAGCUAGCCAUUUAGGCAUUAGCUAGUUAGUUAGCAGGAUGAUAUGAAAAUUAACCCACAAGUUGUUUCAUUGCUAAUCCUACACCAACUAUUUUUUUUCCCUUCACAAAUUGGUUACUUAGCUUGGCUAUGCAAAAACUAUAGAACCCCUUUUCCCCCCUGCUUGUUAGUUGCUGUGUUGGCUAGCUAGCUAGCUAACAGAUUAGUUAGCAGGCAAACAAGCUAUUUAUUACAUGGCUCCUUAGCUGGAUUGGACUGCUUGGUUAAUUACCUAACCUGCGAACACUUAGUUAGGGAAAAAGAAAAUAAAUCAUGUUCCACCUUCAUGACGUGUGACAGCGUAAGGCAACAGUUUGAUGGUUAGUGUGUUAGCUUGAUACGCGCACGUUAAUUAGCAAGAAUACUCUGUAGAGGGGAAGAAGAAAGAAGCUAUUACAUUGUAGUCAGGGUCUGGAUAAAGGAAUUGUAUUUUCCGUUUUGAUGUCAAUGGAACGGUUCACACCCCCAGAGUCAUAAAGGUACCGUCUAACCAGGAAAUAGCCUGCUAACUAAAAAUGGACACAGACAUGGUGGAAAAACCGCAAAGCUAGUGGUGACCUGAGACUUUUGCACAGUACCGUAGAUAUAAAGCAGAGCAUUGGUGGCAUGCAGCACUGUACAUGUUCUUCAUCAUGACUUGUUGCAUGGCCUGUCACGUGACCGCCCAAAACAUGCAUGUGUCCUCUGCUUCAUGACGUGCCAGUGCCUUUUCUUCGCAAAGCAGGGCUUCGAUACCUACGACAUUCACGACAAAACAACAUGUAACGGGGAAGUUUUACUUCAUGACAUUUUUGCUAUGUUUUAAGAGAUUGAUAUAACAGUUCCUCUAAGGUUGUUGUUUUGUUUUUGGAAUUGCUUGACGGGCCACGUCAAAUGCUUUCGUGGGCCUUAGUAAAAUGUGCCAUAAAAUUUGGGUGUAGGUCUGGAUAAAUGUGGAGAUCCAGGAUUUAUUCCUCGGCGGAGGUCAGUGCUCUUAACUUUAUUUCGUCAUCACGGCGUGAAGUUUUCAACGCAGUGGCGGUGGGGGCCGUUUUUGUCUUUGGGCACUUUUUUUUCCAACAUAAUCCUGUUGUACAAUAAACAUGAGCAAAGAAAUUUAAUUCAAUUACAUUGUAUUUUCCUUGGUGAAGGUCAGUACUCACCUUCUCAUUGUUUUAAGUCACAGCCCAUGCUUUGAGUAGUCUCACUGGACCGCAUUAAAACAAAUAACAUCAUCAUGUUUAGGUCAUCUGAAUGUAUGCAGCAUCCACACCUGUUAUUCAUUUUCUACAAUAAUAAUAAUAAUAAUAAUAAUAAUGUGUUGACGUGUACUAACAACGCUUCUUGAGAGCCUUUAGAUGGGAUCAAGGUUUGUUUUUUCUUAACUUGCAUCAAGUUUGACUUUCUUUUUAUUGUUAUGAUGAUGACUUGUAGAAUAUUUUGUUGAAAUAUGUAAAUACACCUUCGAGUGGAUUGUACAGGGCUUGCGAGCAAGGCGACAUUGUGCAUGAUUUCUAAUGUUCAUAGGACUGUAUUAAAUGUAGAGAAUAUAUAUAAAUAUACGGUAAUCUUUUCUUUAUUGCUGUGCAUUGUGUACAUAUGUUGUUCUGCAAUGAAAUGAAUGGGCAGAUACAAAUCAUAUACGCCUGAUUUAAUUUUUUUAAUUUUUUUUUUUUUUCAGAUAUUGCUUGUCUGGUUGACGUAUUUCUAUACUGCCAAAAUGUUAUCAACAAUAUUUCAACUUGUUUUUGUAUUUAAGAAACAGAUUUGUACUAACAAAAUACUUUCUUUGUUUCGAUUUAAUUGCCCUUUUUUAGUGCAAGUAUGACUCUUCAUACGGGAAUCUCUAUUGACUGAAUAAACAAUCAUUUU